CUCCCGGGAUUUAACAUUUUGCAUUUGACACGGUACAAACUAUGGAUACAGAAGUCGAUGCUACACCUGAGAAUCUCUUUCGCCCUGCCAAGCGACGCAAGUUUGCCCGGCGACGCCAAGAUGACCCCGAAGAAACACCCAGCGCCGCUGUCGAAUCGGUAGCUGAGGGCUCUGACAAACCUCUUCAAGCUACUGAAUCCAAACCCUCGGAUGAUGCUGAUGACUCGACACAUGCGACCGGUGUGGUGCGUCUACGUCGGCCAAGGACGAUUAGAAAGGGAGGCAUUGGAUUCUCUGCCACAACGCGACCAUCAGGCAAAGACGACAACCGCCAAAUGGCGCUGAUCGCGGGGGAAGACCAGGAAAAGGAAACUAUCCGGGCGAUGGACGACCGUUUUCAGAUGUACACUGGGCAGGCGGAGGAUGUGGACAGGCACAUGAUGGCAUAUAUAGACGCCGAAAUGGCUAAACGCUACAAACGUAGCCCGCUACCAGAGGGCUCGCCGGCUGAUCAACCGGACUCACAAUCAACGUCCGGCGCACGAUCAACACAGGGCCAUCAACAAGAACGCCUCCCAGCAUCACUGGGCAAGCUACAUGAGAUCGAUCUCGGACAGGAGACGAAGCUGCAGAAUAUUGCCCGUACCGAGGCAGCAACACGCCGGCUUACUGGUGAUGAAGACUCGCCUGGUGGACCAGCAGAUCGUGUGGACGCCCCAGGGAAAUCCUGGCGCAAUCGCAAGCGCCGCACCAGCGCGGAUGUCGAGCGUGACCGGCUGGUGGAAGAAAUUCUACGAGAAAGCAAACUGGACGUCUAUGAUGAACCGGUGGAGGAACCGCAGGCUGAUGACCAAGCCGCAGAUGAUCGUAUUGCAGAGCAAUUCCGACGAGACUUUUUGGAUGCGAUCCAGUCGCGUCGGAGGACACGCACUACCAAGACGGUCAGUAAAACUGAGGCACCAAAGGGACCCAAGCUGGGAGGAAGUCGCAGUGCACGAGCGGCGAUGCGGGAAUCGCAAGCCCAGGCAGGAAAGAAGUGAGCUAGAUCAGGGUUCAGAGAAUUAUUGUUGGUUGGAAUGUGUAGACAGAUGAUACAUAUAUUUUCCCCAGGUCUACAUUCCGGUGGAGCUAUAGUCAACUGGCAGCCAUAAUGUCGGUCACCAUAUGCGGCUACUUGUAGUUAUUUUGUAGGGAGAGCUUAUUAAGACCAUACAGUUUACAAUAAAAAAAGGAAAAAGAGGAAGAAGUAAAAUAGAAUUAUGCACUCCAGAA